AAUAAAACAACUAGAACUGCUUAUUUACUACCCAUGACUGUAAAUACCCAACAACUCGGCAAAUAGGGUGGCCUUACCUACCGGUUAACGCUACCAAGGCCUAGCGACAAAAUUUGAUUACAGAUGUACUCAAGUUCAGGUUAACUUAUAAAGAACAAUGUCUGUUAUUCGCCAAUGGGUUUCCAGUGUUCUCAAUUUUUCUUCACAGUAUGACACUGCAGGAUGGUCAGCUAGCCAAGUAGUGGGUGCUCCUAAAGUGUACCCAAGAUAUGGAGAUAUAAGGGGUGCCUGGGCCACCCGAACCAAAACUGAUAAGGAAUUUGUAGAGCUGAAGUAUGAACAGAAGGUGUACCCCCAAGAAAUCAAUGUAUAUGAAACAUAUCAUGCGGGAGGCACAAAGAAAGUACAAGGCAAGACUGACAGUGGAACCUGGUUUACUUUGUAUGAGACAGACAAAAUAGAACUUAUUAAAGAAAGCCGCAUAUUCAAAGUACCUCUAAAGGAGACAAAUAUUCCAAUGGACACCCUGAGAGUGGAAAUUGAUUGCACAGUUGCUGCGACAUGGGUGGAAAUUGAUGCCGUGGAAUUAGUAGGAACAGUAGCAAAUCCAGGGAGCUAUUUGUGAAUGGAAGUUUUUCUAUAGAAUGGAUAUGUGAUCUCAACAAAUGGGAAAAUAGCUGAAAUAAACAUGGAACCUGGCUCUAGGCUAAGAAGUCACUUCUUUAGCAUGUUUCAGUACAUUUGAGGGUUGACUCAGUAAAUUGUAGCCGUUCCAGGACUAGAAACUUAUUAUAUUAUCCAUCUACAGUUUUUUGUGGUGCCCAAAAAUUCAACUCAUAAAAUGAAAAACCUAACUUCCAAUUUACAAUUCAUUGGAGUCAAUCAAUACAUUUUAGUACAGUUCAAUAAUCUGAUGAGAAAGCUAUUGCGCCUUUUCCCAUAAUCUCACCGACUUGUGUAUCAAAAUGGAAUGUACCUGUUUUACCUGGCAGAUUUGAAUCGAAGGCCAAGCUUUUAUCAUGCUUUAUUUAUCAAAGGUUGUUUUUUUAAAUAUAGCAGAAUACCAAGGUUGUUGUUUACAUGAAUAUAUUAUCAUAUUUCAUGAUGUAAUUUUUAUGCCCCCAAGAUCAAAGAUCGGGAGCAUAUUGUUUUUGUCCUGUCUGUCAUUCGUAAUUCUGUCUGAAACUUUAUCCUUGUUGAUAACUUUUGAACAGUAAGUGCUAGAGCUGUGAUAUUUCACAUCAGUAUUCCUUGUGACAAGACCUUUCCGUGGGUACCAACAUUUUUGAUCCUGUGACCUUGACCUUGGAGUUUGAUCUAUUUUUUUUAAAACUUUAACCUUGCAAAUAAGUUUUGAACAGUAAGUGCUAGAGCUUUAAUAUUUCACAUGAGUAUUCCUGGUGACAAAACCUUUCUGUGGGUACCAAAAUAUUUGACCCUGUGACCUUGACCUUGGAGUUUGACCUACUUUUUGAAAACUUUAACCUUGCCAAUAACUUUUGAACAGUGAGUGCUAGAGCUUUGAUAUUUCACAUGAGUUUUCCUUGUGACAAGACCUUUCUUUGGGUACUAAACCUAUUGACCUUGGCAUUUGACCUACUUUUAAAAAAAAUUUACAUUGGUCAUAUUUUCUAAAUGGUAAAUAUUAGAGGUUUCAUCUUGCACAUGAGCAUUUCUUGAGACAAAAUCUUUUUACUGGUACCAAGAUAUUUGUCCUUGUGACCUUGGCCAUCCUUGGAAUUGGCCAUUAUCGGGGGCAUUUGUGUUUCACAAAGACAUCUUGUUUUUUUAAUUAUAUGAACAAGAAACAACUUGCAAAGUCUAUAUACUCGAUAUCAUAAUUAUGUUGAUUAUAACUUCACAAAAACAUAUUUCAAAAAGAACUGUAUGCUUACAUUAAUUUGUUAAUUAGUUCCUCAAACUGUUGUUUUGUCAAACCUGUCAUAUGUGAAGAUUAUCAUCACUGUACUCCUCAAGAUCGUCUCGAAGCUAAGAUGUUUGGGUUUUGAUGAAGCUGUAUAUUUGUGUACAUUGUUUAAUAACUGUAUAACUUGUGUGGUUCAUAUAGUGUAGCAUUUUUAUUUGUGCCUAUGUCUAAACUUUUCUUUGGCAUUUUACUAGUCAUGUGCCUUUUACAGCACCUUUGCUUAGCAUCACCCCCGAUUAAUAUGUACAGGUGCCGCAAUGCAGACAAGUGGUUUGUUUCAGACUUUACACACAAUACCUACACUGUAUGAAUUGCUGAAUUUGCUGUGCAACUUCAUCAUCAUCGUCAUAUACUUAUAGUACGAAGUCUCUAACCUUUAAUGUAGUUUUAAUUUGCAUAGUGACUCAUUGAAAUUAUUACUGCUAAUGAAAAUGAGCCAAACAUGAUAACAUUUAUGAAAGAUGUGGUGUGUAGAUUAGUCAUAAAUAUUAGUCCUAGAUUCCUGUUGUAGAAACCAUGACGAUACAGUAGACUAUUGAUGGAGUGUGUAGAGAUGUAUGUGUCAAUAUUUUUAACAUGAUCUGGUGGACAGCAUGCCUUGCAUAAAUUUUUUGUAAAAUGUGUCAUGAAAUGCAAUAUCUGACGUUACAUUCCAUUUUGUGUGCCGUAUGCAGAUACUCAGUAAUUUUUUCAUUACGAAUUUUAUUUGACAAUAUAUGUUGUCCUGAAAAUUUCUGCAUUUAGCCUUCUUUGAAGUUUUGAAUAUUACCCGGUACUUAGAAUUUGGGUAAAACCUGUGUUUGUUAGUUUUAUGCUAUGAUUUAUUGAGACAACCCUCGAGUAUUAUAAACUUAAAAACCUUUGUUACUUCUUGGAGUGAUGAUUACUGAGCUACGAUAAAAAGAAAAUUGAUGUGUUAAAAGAGAUUGGUAUUAUUAUUAUUUUAUUCGUUUCUAAAGCGCAAAAUUACAUACAGUUUCUAUGUGCUGAUAUGUACUGUACAUGUAUUACAUUUGGUUGUGUAUUCUAUUUAGCGACUUUCGCGGAAAGCAGCUCCCGCUUAAUCAAAUACAUCGCUAAAUGUCUUGCGUACAUAUACUUAUCUUUAUAUAGCACAUUUAGAAAGCGCUAAAUCAAAUUUACACUAACUUGUAGUAAAAUCAAUUUCUGUUGAAUAUCGUACACGCUAACUAUGAUACAUUUAUAGUAUCCUUAUGAAAGUUUCAGUUGUGCUGCUGUUGUACGCGGUGCAUGCAUGUGCAUCAUUUGUUGUAAUAUGACUUCCUUUUUUAUUUAUAUUUUGCAUGAAAAUUUACAUGUAUUGAAAAGAACUUUUUCAAUGUGUUCGAGAAAAUGUCGUCCAUCUUUUAUACUUAUCCAUAUUGUAUUUGUCAUAGGUGUGUAGUGGUGUUUCCAUUUUUUAUACGUAUCCAUUGUAUUUGUCAUAGGUGUUUAGUGGUGUUUUUUACACUCUGUCCAAGUAAUUUUAACUUUUGUUUGUAGUUGUAGACAGUAAGUGAACAUGUGCAUAUCUCCAGGUUAAUAUCUUUCACAUUUGCUUGCCUCAAAAUGAACUUUAGAAAGCGUUCCAAUUUGUCCAAAGCACAUAGUUAAGUUCUGUUUUACUAAAAGAUCUCUUAAACUAAUGGAUGGGUGUUACAAGUAUUGAAACUUGGAUAAAAUCAUAGGCGAGUGUGUUUGUAUGUGUUUAUGAUUCUUUUACAAGAAAACCUUUGAAAAAGAUUUCAAAGCCUAUAUACACUGAUUGUAUAUUUUCCUUAUUUUUAUGUGGAUAUUUUCUCAACUCAACAGGCAGAAUGUUUCACAAACACUUCCUUGUCUUUUUUUAACGGUUAUUAAUUUACAUCUCUAAACCUCGUAGGCAAAGCAGCAAUAUCUUGUAUUUUAUCAUCAAUCAAUCAAAUUCUUGCUUGUUUAGCUUACUUAAGCCGUAGGAAUCACAAGAGUGUUCAAUUUGUCAAAUAUGUGAUGGAAAUCCAAAUUAUUCAAACAGGGGCAAGAGCAGGACCGUGAUGGGGUUUUUAAGUUUCAUGUAGAAAAAAUGUAGAAUUUUUUAUUAGGAAAUCACAAAUACCGUUUCUCAAAUUAUUAUGUAAGCAUUAUUAUAUAGUGUAGAUUCCAGUUUUGUUCAAAACACUGGGUCAUAAGUGGGAUUUUAAGUUUUACUAUUUCAGUUUUGAUCUAUGCAUUAGCAUGUUGACUCAGGUGAGGACUGUGACCCAUAGGCCUCUUGUGAUAUAUUGAUAUUUAGAAAAUUGUCUGUUGAUGGCUCCCUCUGCUGCUGAUUAUUGCUCAACCUAUUUAUAUUUUAAACAAGGUCAAAUUAAUCAUCCAAUCAAAAUGAUGCAAAUAUUUUCCAUGACGGUCAAUGACCAUUUGAUUUUGAAUUUUUUUUAAAAAAAAUUUAUAUUUUUUUUGGCUUUCUAUCUAUACAUAUUUUAUAAUUAUGUUAAUUUGUCAAAUGUGUAAUAAAUCAAAGUUGUAUAUCUAA